GUUCUGGACGUAGUUAAAGAGAUGCGUUCACAACGCGCCGGUGCCAUACAAACCGAAGCACAAUACGUUUAUUUACAUCGAACUUUACUUGAAUAUGUCAACGCUAAAAAGAUCGCCAAAGAGGUCAAUGCUCAAUUCUUUGCUGCAUAUAAGUUGUAUCAAAAGAAAUGUGAAAAGUCGAUGACUUGA